GCUCUCCGGUCUGCCUCUAAAACCUCGACAGAACCAGAGAUCUGCUCGUCGAAUCUGCGUCUUUUGUCUCGAAGGAGUUUAUCAGGAAGUGCUGUAGAGCUACCUAUAGUUAUAUUUUAAUAUAGCUCUCAGCAAACCAGUGUCUGCGAAAUACAAGCUCCCAGCUUUCGUUUGAUACCGCUAUAACCACCAGCUUAUAUCUUUAUAUCCCCACAACAGCAAUGUCUUCCACCUCGGCUCAGGACGAGGACCUCAGGCGACGCAACACGCUUCAGGCUGCGCAGCCAAAAGUUGACGGACUGUUUGAGUACGCAGCGUCUGCAUCCUCCACGCCAUUGUCGUAUGACUCAGUCCCGCAAUCUCUCCUUAUGCCAGACGGCACUCCAGAUUACCUCCGCCUCAUUCUCACCUCCCGAGUAUACGAUGUCGUCAAAGAGACUCCCUUGACGAAUGCUAUCGGCCUGAGCACCCGUCUUGGUGUCAACGUCGUUCUCAAGCGAGAAGAUCUACAGCCGGUCUUCAGUUUCAAGCUGCGCGGUGCUCACAACAAGAUUGCCCAGCUGCCAGUCGAGGAUCGCUGGAAAGGCGUGAUUGCUUGCUCGGCCGGCAAUCAUGCCCAGGGUGUCGCAUACUCUGCGCAGCACUUGGGAAUCCCCGCUACCAUUGUCAUGCCGGUCGCUACUCCUGCAAUCAAGCACACCAACGUGACCCGCAUGGGAUCCAAGGUCGUUCUAUUUGGAGAAGACUUUGAUGCCGCAAAGGCCGAGUGCGCCAGAUUAACAGAAAAGCAUGGACUCACCAAUAUCCCUCCAUUUGAUGACCCUUAUGUCAUUGCUGGACAAGGCACGAUUGGAAUGGAGCUGCUGAGACAGAUUGACAUCCAGAGUCUACAGGCUGUCUUUGCUUGCGUCGGAGGCGGCGGUCUCGUUUCCGGUAUCGCAGUCUAUAUAAAACGCAUUGCGCCCCACGUCAAAGUCAUCGGCGUCGAGACAUACGAUGCAGAUGCGCUCUAUCAGUCUUUCCAGGCCAAGGAGCGGAAAACCCUCAAGGAGGUUGGACUAUUCGCCGAUGGUGCUGCUGUCAAAGUUGUCGGAGAGGAGACCUUCCGCCUGUGCUCGAAAUACGUUGACGAAGUUGUUCGCGUCAACACCGACGAGAUCUGUGCUGCCAUGAAGGAUAUCUUUGAAGAUACACGAGCGAUUGUCGAGCCAUCCGGUGCCCUAUCUGUCGCUGGAUUGAAACGCUAUGUGGCCUCUCACCCCGAGUUGAAGGCCUCCGGAGCUUACUGUGCUAUUCUCUCGGGCGCCAACAUGAACUUUGACCGUCUUCGUUUCGUCGCCGAGCGCGCCCAGCUAGGAGAAGGCCGCGAAGUUUUCAUGAUGGUCACCAUUCCCGAAGCGCCAGGAAGCUUCCGAAAGCUUCAGAACGUCAUCUUCCCUCGCGCUAUAACUGAGUUCUCCUACAGAUUUUCAGGGGGUCCCGACGCAUACAUCUACAUCUCCUUCUCUGUCUCGGACCGGGAUGCUGAGGUGCCCGCGAUCCUUGAGGAGCUGAAAGCAAACAGCAUGAUCGGCGUUGAUAUCAGUGAUAACGAACUCGCCAAGAGUCACGCUCGCUAUCUUGUCGGUGGCAGAGCGGCUGUCCCGGACGAGAGAAUCUAUAGAUUCGAGUUCCCCGAGCGUCCCGGUGCUCUGAAGAAGUUUUUGGAUGGUUUGAAGGUCAACUGGAAUAUCACACUAUUCCAUUAUCGUAAUAACGGAGCUGACAUCGGCCAAGUUCUUGCUGCUCUCUCAGUCCCACCAGAGGAGUGCAAGGACCUUGCGAACUUCCUUGAGGAUCUCGGAUACCCAAGCGUCGACGAGACCAAUAACCCAGUGUACCAGAACUUCAUCAAGUCAUAGAGAGGUAGAGGUCACGAUAGAUGUUGCUAUAGGUUGUACGCUAUGCGAAAAAAUAAUUCCUGUUUAAUUUAGUUUUGGCUUUGCCUCAUGUCUGUCAAAGGCACAUGAGUUCAGAGAGUUAAAUAUACAGUUAUACCCCAUA